AUGGUGUACAGAGUGAUACUCUGUAGGGACGAGAUACCUUCCUGGACUUGUUACGCCGCCCUCUUUGGUGAAGAGUUUGACGGAGCAAGAUGUCAUUCAGAGCGCCUCGUCUCAUCCAUUAUCAAGCAGCUCACAGACACCGAGAGAGUGAUGUGGAUGGAACUUGGACGUAACCCGUCCGCUGGGACACAGAUCAGCGGGUGCCCCGGCAAACUGUCAGAUAAGGCACGCAUACGUGUUGAGCAGCGACUUGUUGACCGGGCGCUUCUUUUCUCUCCUCCCUCCGGUGUGGCAUGCGUGCUCGUUCAUAGCAUGCAGGAAAGCGCCGUGCGUUCGCGGCACCAGUACCUCAAGCCUCAGCACACCUCAGGAACGCGGCUGCGACUGUGA